UUUGCUUCGACAGGAUGUUGAAAUUUUGACCGACGGAACUUUUAAUCGUUGCAACAAAAUGCCCAAUUCCACGGCAGUAUUCCUGUCGAUUGUGCUGCUAUCGAUCGUCAUCAGUGUGGAAGCCGUAAAUUUACGAAAAUGUUCACCAAGGUCAGCUUCGGCUAAAAACCGUACCAGCCGCCAUACUCUACCGUGCGGCUACCGGCCACCACAGAAUAUCAUCUGUCCACAGGGAAGUCUGCUGGAAAACAAUCAGUGCGUCCUGCGGCAAACGUACUGUCCGGGUGGUUUCCAACUGGUUGGCAACUCGUGCAUCGGACAAACGGUUUGUCCUCCUGGGUACAUCCUCUCCAACGGUAUGUGCCAUCGUAAUCCAGGUCCGUUGGACAUAAUUGCCUGUGAAAAGAAAACCGAACCUGUUAGCUGUUCCGAGGGUUACACGUUCGACGGUAGCCGUUGCAUGCGGCAAGAAACUCGACCAUUCGAAACGAGGAAUAAGACAACGGCGAGCAUGACAUCGUUUACCUGCCCGAAGGGUUAUGAUUUAAGCAGCGAUCUGUGCACUCGCUACGAUCGUGAAUCGGCGACAUGUUAUCGCGGAACUUUACACCUUGGAGAUUGCGUUGUCGAGGCGAAAUGCUCGAGCCCCUUCGCAAUGGAUGAUUACGGUCGUUGCGUCAAGUUGACGGAAAAAUUUGCGUCAUGUCCCAAUGGAACCGUGUUUGCCGAGGGGGCUUGUCAGUAUCCAAAUCCCAAAUGUCCUCCUAAUUAUUCGUUCAUCGGUGGACAAUGCGUGAUGGAGCAGACGGCUCCGGUUCAGUGUGACAGCUCUACAAAACUCGUAGACAAUUAUUGUGUAGUCGCAGAGCCAACUUGUCUUGCAGGCUAUACCAGGACUGGAAAUCAAUGCGUUCAAACACGGCGCGAUCAGAUGAAAUGUCCCGGUGGUAGUUUUCUUCGGGAAAGCAUUUGCGUUGCUCGGGAAGUUGAAUGUUCGCCUGGUUAUGAGUUCCGCAAUGGUUAUUGUAUUAAAUAUGACCAAGUACCCGUUAAAUGUCCGUCGGAUUCCCGCCUAGAAGGUGAAGUAUGUGUUUCACAGAAACCCUUAUGCAGCCAGGAUUACGAAUAUGAUCGACGGUACGGUCAUUGUAUCAGGCGGGAUCAAAGACCUGCAAUUUGCGACAGUGGAUUCGUUCUUCGUAACGGGCAAUGUGUUAGUGCUAUUAGCUGUGAAAGUGGUUAUUCUUUCGACAAUGGUGAGUGCGUGCGCGAAGAGAGAGGCUUAAACCAGUGCCCAGGGGGAACGAGUUUGCAGCGGGGAAUGUGUGUACAUUCCGAGCCUCGAUGUGAUAUUGGAUUGCACCUAAUCGAUGGGGUGUGUAUUAGUCAGGACGAAAAGGCACCCAUUUGUCCUGGUGGCUCGUACUAUUACGAAGGAUAUUGCCGGCUUCGUAACGUCGGAUGCCGUCCAGGGUUCGAAUUGAAAGAUUCGCAAUGUGUCAAGGAAAGUUCGGCUACACCGGAAUGCCCCUUCGGAUUCACGUAUCGCAGAGGUUACUGCUUAGCUAUGCCACAGUGCAACGAUGGGUUUGUAUUAGAGGAAGGAGUCUGCGUUCGGAAACACGUUGGAACGAUUACCUGUCCACCGGAAUCAAACUUUGAACGUGGUAUAUGUGUUAGUGACAAAAUCGAAUGCUUAACAGGUUUCGUACUAAAGAAUGGAAUGUGUGUUCGUGUUCAUGAAAUUAGUCCCACUUGUCCCUCCGAGGCAGAAUUCAACAAUGGAAAGUGUCUGCUGAAAAAAACGACCACGUGCCCAUUUGGGUCUACAGUUUUGAACGGGGCAUGCCGCAUGAUUGAAACAAUUACUCCGAGUUGCCCUGGCGGAAGUUACUAUUCGAAUGGUGUCUGUCAUGGGUCAUCGGUGUUACCUCAGGUGCCAGUUCAACCGCAGUAUCCAUCCCCAUGUGCAGGAGGUUGUUUGCAGCUUCAGCAACCGUGUGCUAGCAAUUGGAUGUGUGGAAGCGUACAAAAUUGUGGAUCUUGUGGUCAACAAAGUUAUCCUCAGUACGUCCAGAAUACUCAGUUGCCAGUUUGUCCAGCGGGCUAUGAAAUGGCUCGGGGUAUGUGCAGUCGAAGCUACACCAUACCAAUGCAAUGCCCGGCGGGUUAUAAUCUAGAAAACAAUGAAUGUGUCCUCAGUGUUCGAAUGACUUGUGGUGCUGGGGCCACAAUGGAGAACGAACGCUGUGUUCGGUACGAGUCAUUGCCCGGAAACUGUCGAGCUGGGUUCUACAUGAAGAACAACCGUUGCGUCUACAUGAACCCGGAAUGUAGCUUCGGCUAUAGUCUCAUAAACGGAAAAUGUGUAAAAAUAAUAGAACAGCCAUCGACAUGUCCAGCUAAUUCGAAAAAACUGAGAAACUUCUGCGUUGCACAACCGAAAUGUAGAACAGGAUUAGAACUGCGCAAUGAUGUCUGCUACAAGGUGGAGUACGACGUACCGCAGUGCCCUUCUGGUUAUGUCGUGAAGGAUGAGUUUUGCGUGGCAACGUUUCAAUGUGCAGAAGGUUACACAUUCGAGAACAACAAGUGUGUUCAAAGAAUACAACGGUCAUCGAUGUGUCCACCACAAACCAGACAAGUGGAAAACUACUGUGUUGUUCCCGGACCGACAUGUGAACCUGGUUUCGAUCUGAGGAAUGGACACUGCACCAAACUACACCGUAAAUCAAUCAUCUGCCCACAAAACAGUCGGCUUCAGGAGGAACAGUGCGUAGCAUUGCCAAAAUGUCCGUACGCUUAUCAAAUGAUUUUGGACCAAUGUACUCGCUCGGAUCAGAUACCAGCUCAAUGUGCUCAUAAUUUCUUCAUCGAUAAUGACAGAUGCGUUUCGAAGGAUGUCAUCUGUCCGAGUGGUUAUCAUUUGGAUAGCGAUGAGUGUGUUCGCGAAACCUACGAAGCUAUUUCCUGUCCGGUUGGGUCAACACUUCGCGAUAAGCUAUGCGUCGUUGGACAACCGAUUUGUGAAUCAGGUUUCAAAGUAGAAAACAAUCAGUGUGUACAACACAAUUAUUUAAUGCCUCGCUGUCCAGCGGAAACUGUAAUGACCGAUAAUCUGUGUGUGCGAAAUCCGGUCUGUCCUUCGGGUUAUCGCUUUACCAACAGUCACUGUAUAAAACAGUCUUACGCUACUAUUAACUGCAACGCUGGAACACUGAUCAAUGGAAAAUGCGUAGCACCGGGCCCCCAUUGUCCAGAUGAUUAUCAAUUCGUAGACAAUCGAUGCAUCCUGAAAGAGUAUUCCAAUCCAUCUUGUCCGGAUCGUUCGAAACUUCAGCAGAGAAAUUGUGUAGUUGACGCUCCACAGUGUCCACCCGGAUUCAACUACACUAAUGCCAUGUGUUUGAGAAUAUUCACCGUUAAUGCUGACUGUCCUAAAGAUUACUCAAUUAAAGGAGGACGAUGCGUUAUCGAACGGUACACUGUGGAAAAUAUUUGCCCGGAUGGAUUCAGCUUGCAGGGUACUGCUUGUGUGAAGUUGACGUUUGCCGCUGCAACUUGCUCUGCCGGAUUCAUCCUGGAGAAUGGAGUAUGCGUAAAAACGGUUUGCGACAACAGUCCGGAGAUGCCUCCUGCUCAAGCCUACAUAAAUUCAAUUGGUUCUUCUUCGAUUACUAAUCAUGUUUCAGUUCCCGUCGUAUCCAGCACCGUUAACUCAGUUGAUUCUUCGUUCAUUGCUUCAGGCGAUUCUUCGGAAAGUGUUGCUCCGUCCAAACCGAAUUAUAUAUCAGAUAGCUUCGAUGCCUUCUUCGAAAAUAUUCCCAGCUCCAAUCAGAUUAAAUACGACUGGUACCCUACUGUUGCUGCUGCUUCUGACGCGAAUGAAACCGUAACAGUUGGUACGGUCGCAACCGAAUCUCAUCUGACAGCAAACCGCUCCACCGAAGAUGUACCUACGGUAGUUAUCGAACCGAAUGCCGAAAUGUACACCUGUAUUGUGUAUUCGCCCAAAAUUUGCACUAAAUCUUGGGGCGAUGAAUGGGAAUGCUUGCAUCACGAAUUCGAAGAUAUCCAGUCUCGUUACUGCCGGGAGGAUGGGGAUCAUAUCUAUUUGAGAGUGAACCGAACCGAUUACGACGAGGACAACGGAGUGCUGAUUAUGGCUACCAUUGCUUCUAUUGUUGAAAAUUAUGAGGAUGAGGACCUCGACUAUGAAACAGAUUGUUCAAACUGUAUUCACGGUGAUUACACGUGUUCAGCUAGCUGUUACAAGUAUGAUUGUGAGGAUGAGUGCUACCUGAUUGAUGUCAAUGAUUUUUGUGGUGAAAUUCCAAAACCGGACAAGGGCUGCACCAGGGAGGACGGCUGUCGAGGAAGUAAUUGUGAGGGAUAACCAUCCGAUAUUAGGUGUCCUAUGAAAUGUUAGUAAUUUUAGUGUUAAAGUGAUGCGGGGUUUGACUUGACUACGAAAAACACCAAAAUUAACGAGUAGUUGUUUACUUUUUACAUUCGACAUCGUUUUAUGUGAGCUUGAGCACCCUGAAAAAGCUACAGAAUCUUUCGAACUAGUGAAGUGAUAAUAAAUAUCUUCCUUGAAACGAAUUGCAAUAAAUAGA